UGUUGGGUCUGCUGCUGAGUCGGGAAGCCUUCACAAGGGUCUCAUAUCUCCCUGCAAAUGAGUCGGAUGUGGCCAUGGCUCUUUCGCAGAUCAUCAAUGGCCUGAGACCACGUCCUUUGGCCAUUCUGGCCCUACCUUCGUUUAGUUUGAUGAGUGCCUGCUGCGAGAACGAUCAGGGCAUCCAGGUGGACGACUUUAUACAGCGCCUCCAUCGACUGUACUACAAGUCCGUGAUCUUCAACAACACGGAACUGUUUUUCCAGCACAUCGAAGCGAAUCUCCAGGGCGCCAUUGAGUGCGUGAGUCUGAUUCUGGAUGAGCCGAAGGAGCUAUCCGAUCGGAUACAGGAGCGUCGUCUGGCCCAUCGCCUCAGUCUGUUUAUCUUCUACUGGGGCGCCCGCUGGCCUCCCAAGGCCAGCGCCAUGAGCUUCGAGGAGCCCAUGCGGGCGGUGGUCAUUACACGACCCCGCCAAAAGGCCUUUCGGAUCUACUACAAUCAGGCGAAGCCCACAAGCGACGGGGAACUGAGGCUCGUGAAUUGGUACGAUGGGGAUAACCUGGGACUACAGAGAACUCCCCUGCUGCCGCCUGCCGGAUCGGUUUAUGCCAAUUUCGAGGGAAGAAUCUUUCGUGUGCCUGUUUUUCAUUCUCCACCUUGGUUCUGGGUCAGUUAUGGGCAGAACAGCAGCGACUCUGGAGAGGCAGAGGGCUCCAGCGAGGCUUCUGGAGAGCUAUCCAACGAACUGGGCGACAAUCUCGAGUGCAACGAGGUCAGAGUCACGGGCGGACGUGAUCAUCGACUGCUCAUGCUUCUGGCAGAGCACAUGAAUUUCCGCUUCGAGUAUAUCGAAGCCCCGGGCCGCACCCAGGGAUCCCUCAAGUCCGACGAUGCCAAGGAGUCGAAUGAGAGCUUUACAGGCGGCAUAGGACUGUUGCAGAGCAGAAUGGCAGACUUCUUCCUAGGCGACGUGGGCUUGAGUUGGGAGCGUCACAAGGCCAUAGAGUUCUCAUUCUUUACGCUCGCGGAUUCGGGCGCUUUUGCCACACAUGCCCCGCGGCGCCUCAACGAAGCCUUGGCCAUUAUGCGACCCUUUAAGCAGGACAUUUGGCCGUACCUUAUACUCACAAUUGUGUUCUCAGGUCCAAUUUUCUACGGGAUCAUUGCCAUGCCGUAUAUUUGGCGGCGGCGGCAGGUCAGCAUGGAUGUGGAGCAGCUGGGAGAGCUGUGCAUCUACAUGGCGUACAUCAAGGAGAUUACACCCUGUGUGCUGAAGCUCAAGCGAAGGAGGGUUCCAUCUGCACCCAGGAUGCCCGAGCAACUGUUUGAGAAGUGCAUUUGGUUCACCCUUCGAUUGUUCCUGAAGCAGUCCUGUCAGGAGCUGUACCAUGGCUAUCGGGCCAAGUUCUUGACCAUCGUGUAUUGGAUUGCCGCCACCUAUGUCCUGGCUGAUGUCUAUUCCGCCCAACUGACCUCACAGUUUGCUAGGCCCGCCCACGAGGCACCCAUCAAUACGCUGCAGCGCCUGCAAUCGGCCAUGAUACGCGACGGCUAUCGUCUGUAUGUGGAGAAGGAGAGCAGCUCCCUGGAAAUGCUGGAGAACGGCACAGAGCUCUUUCGGCAGUUGUACGCCCUAAUGCGACAGCAGCAGCGCGACGGGCAUCAGGGUUUCCUCAUUGAUUCUGUGGAGGCGGGAAUAAAGCUCAUAGCCGAUGGCGGGGAGAACAAGGCCGUGCUUGGGGGCAGGGAGACCCUCUACUUUAACAUACAACAAUAUGGGGCCAAGAAUUUUCAAUUGAGUCAGAAACUGUACACCCGCUACUCUGCGGUGGCCGUGCAGAUUGGUUGUCCCUUUCUGGAUAGCUUGAACGAUGUGUAA